AUGGGUUCCCUUCGCACCGGCGUCGAGCACUACAUGGAACCCCUCCCCUUCCGCCGCGAACCCCUUACCGAUCGCCCCUUACUCUUCUCCGAGCAAUGCGAUCGCGGGCAUCGCCCUCCAUCAUUCGACAUGAGCCUGAUUUCAAACUUCGAAUUUGUCCCCAAGAAAGAGACAUCCGCGCAGUUCUGGGCAAGCAUGCUUGAAGAGUUGGAAAAGGUGAUAACCUCUAUACCCUCUGGUGAACGUUCUUGUUCUUCUCUUGAGUCUCUUCCUUCUUAUCCUUUUACGUGGAUGGAUGGUGGACGCUCUCGGGGUGAGUUCCCGGUAUCUCCUCUAGGUGAGAGUGCAACACUUGCAUCAAGCAGGUAUGCAUCGCCUCUGGAGGCUUCAUCGGGAACUCUCCGCGAGUGUGAGUAUGAACCCGCUCCGUCGACAACACAGAGCGAGUUCUGGUCUACUCGCACCUCUGGUCAUGAGCUUGGUGUUCGUCCUGCUUCCGCUCCUAUUGCGCAGCGGAUUGAAACUCCUCAACGUCCUCAUCAAUGGGCAACUCAGAAAGAACUCAGUCCCUCUUCCUACUACACUUCCAGCGAUAGAGAAUCUCCUCGGAUUGGUAGAGAAAACCCCCCUUUCUCGCCAUGGGACGAGGACCGUGAACCCUUUCCCGUCGUAUAUCCAAAUGCACCUACCAUCGACCAUGGAGCUAGCACACCUCGGUUGUUUCUAGGAGAGCUCAGUUCACCCGGUACUGCUGCUACUGGUGAGUAUUUUCACACUCUGUCUUCUGCUUUCGCAUCAACUACUUAUGGAACUUUUGCUGUGCAGAUCCCUUUCACUUCUAGAUCACCGACAUGGUCUGAGUACGAGCGUGACAUCAUAUUGUACGAUGAUUCGAUGGAUGAUUCAGACAGUAUAGGGGACUUUGUUUGCAUUUUUAUGGGGGCGUUCAUAUCCUUUGUUGCCGUGAGCACAUAUGCAUUUGUGCUGCUUGCGAUUGUGGAGUAUUGGCUCAAAUAA